AUGGCGUCAGUAAUUAGCAACUCAGACUAUCCUUCUAGUGGUGCUUACCACCUACGCAGACGGAAAAAAUGCACGGAGAAUACAUAUCCCAAUUGUGGAACGUGCAUUCGACUGAACUUGGAAUGCGUUCGAGACCCCAUUCGUCGGAUCGUUCCUCGUCCUGGCAAUGACAAUAUCCAUCCGAAGUUGACUCAACAUCAACCGACUCCAAGUCCACAACUUGCUCCAUUACCACUUAAUCUGAACUCCCCAAAGAGACGCCAGGCAAUGGAUCACUACAUCAGAGUCCUCUCAGAACUCUUGACUAUAAGUAAGAGUAAUAACUCAUUCUUAUCUGCACUCGCUAAAGCCCUCAUUGCAUACUCGUCUGGCCACAUGUCGCAUUCGGACCCAAGCUAUACUACCGUAUCCCUCGCAGCACGGUCCAGAGCCUUAUGUGAACUGUCAGCGACGAUCAGCCGACAAGACCAAACUGCUUCAGUCACUGAAACCGCAUUGUCCGCUUGUCUCAUUCUCUUGACUUCCGAAGUGUGUUUGGGAAGUCACCAGAGCUGGUACAACCACCUCAUUGGUGCUAAACAUCUGAUUGCGUGUGCUCAAAGGCAAGCUGGUGGAUCGCUUGUUAAGGGAGCUCAGGCACUGAGGUUGACAUCAGAGGGGCGAUGGAUUCUGCGCAACUUUGCGUACCACGAUAUCAUCGGUAGUGUGACACUGGGCACAAAACCUUUGCUUUUUCCUGACUAUCUGAGGGAUACUACACAUGAGUUUGAUACGUACUUGGGUGUCGCCUCACAGGUUCUGAUCUACAUAGGCCAAAUAACCUGUUUGGAUCUCAGCACGACCUACGUUGAGGUAGGCGUUCACCCAUCAAGGAACUACCUCAGCGUCGAGCACGAUGUCGAAAGCUGGAAGUGUCCUGCUGGAACUCCAUCAAACUUCCAGGCUGUAGCCCAUGCAUACCGCGGUGCUGCGCUUAUCUAUCUUUACCGAAAAAUGCGCCGCCAUCUUGAAGCAGAUACUAAUACAUUCCUCGCCUGUGGAACUUCAUUGAACACUAUGAAUGGUAAGCUUCAUAUGGCCGUGGACAAUACUUUGGAUAGUAUUGGGCAUGUACCCGAGAACGACGUUUCCGAGUCCUCGCUGAUCAAAUGGAAUUUGUUCGAGCGAGACUACAAGCGUCAUAUAACAAGCGAAAAUUUCGUAAUAUUUCGCGAGCAUUAG